AUGGGGGCGGCGGGUGAGGUGGGCAGCUUCGGCCACGGCUUCCUGGACAGCUUCGGUGGUGGCCCCGCCGGCGCUCCCGUCGGCUCGCGGUUCGUGCUCACCCCGCUCGGGGCAAUGGACUACAGUUCGGCGCAUCACGAGCAGCUGAUGUCUGCGGAGAGGCUGUCCCGGAGUCUGGCGGACCUCAGCCAUCUGAAGGGGAUCCUGAGGAGACGGCAGCUCUACUGCAGGACCGGCUUCCACCUGGAAAUCCACCCGGACGGCACCGUGCAAGGCACCAGGAAAGACCACAGUAGAUUCGGUAUCCUGGAGUUCAUUAGUCUGGCCGUGGGACUGGUCAGCAUCAGAGGAGUGGACAGUGGACUCUACCUCGCCAUGAGCAGCAAAGGAGAACUUUAUGGAUCGGAAAAGCUGUCGGCAGAGUGCGUUUUUAGGGAGCAGUUUGAAGAGAACUGGUACAACACCUACUCCUCCAACAUCUACCGGCACGGGGAGAGAGGCGCGUUUUAUUUUGUCGCCCUCAACAAAGACGGGACGUCGAGGGACGGAACGAGAUCGAGACGACACCAGAGGUUCACUCAUUUCCUACCGAGGCCCGUGGAUCCGGACAGAGUACCGGAGCUUUACAAGGAAGUGCUGGGUCAGAGCUGA